CACUCCUCGCAGACGGUUUGCAGACACGCGUUAAGGGCCGCGAAUAAAAAAACACACACAGUACACUGUCGACCCCCAUGUGGUGACCCACUGUCUGCUUUCGAUCUCCAGAGCGCGCAGCGCUUUUCUGCCGUGGGCGAUUUAACGAUCAAUUCGCAUGUAAAUGAAACGCGCGCGGUUUGAUACCUGUCCACGUGUUCGUUAGUGAAGAGUGUUGCUUGGUAGUGAAGUUUUGGCCAAAGUGAAAAUUUUUAGAAAGUCUCAGGUCAAACAAAAUGGCCCUCAGUAGAAUCGUUCGGGCUUGUUUGCAGCAGCACAUCAAGGCUGCCCGAAUAGUGAUACCGACCGGAAGUGUCAUCAGUGCAAACAGCAGAUGGUAUGAAAUCCGACACAUUAGUUCCAGUUCAGCGGCUGGCGAGAAACUGGCCACUGCCAAGGCAGUUCAGAAGCACGAUUGGAACCGAGCCGUGAGUGAAGCGGAGAAGAUCGUAGGCUAUCCGACAUCGUUUCUAAGUCUUCGCUGGCUGCUCAGUGACGAGAUUGCAAAUGUGGCACUACACCUCAGAAAACUGGUCGGCAGCAACCAUCCGCUGCUAAAAACGGCAAAAACUUUGGUUUACAACGACAAAAACCAACAAGCCUGGGGUCUCAUCGUGCUGCUGGUGUCGAAAGCCGCUGGACAUGCUGCUUCGAUCCCGGAAAUGGACCAGGACAAAAGUGCUGGAGUGCUGCACUCCCAGCGAGCACUGGCUGAGGUGACGGAAAUGAUUCGUACCUCUCAUCUCAUUCACCAGGGAAUGAUCAACCUACAAUCGAUGGAUAAUGCUGGGAACAAUCUCAGCGGAGAUAGCGAGAUGAUUUUCGGCAAUAAGAUGGCACUGCUCGGAGGAGAUUAUUUGUUAGCCAAUGCAAGUCAGCAGGUGGCCACCUUAAGGAAUCAAGACCUCAACAUGCUAAUUUCCUCUGCCUAUCGAGAUCUAGCCGAAUCCAACUUUAUCGGCGAUCGUGACGAACAGAACAAUCCAUUGCCGUCGAAACCGGAAUCGUCGGUGAAAGGGAACUCCUCGCCGGACUGUAGUCUCGAUGAUCUAGGCUUCGGCGAUCUGGAAGAUAACACUCAGUCGAUGAGUAUGGAGAAGGUAUUGGGGAACCCUGAAAAGGAAUGGUCGCUGAGACACGUGCUCGGUGGUGGAAGUUUGCUAGGUAAAAGUUGCCAGGGAGCCCUGAUGCUGGCUGGACAACCGGAGGAACUCCAGAAGCAAGGAUAUUUAUUCGGAAAACACUUAUCGCUCGCGUGGCAGGCGUGUAUCGAUCUGCAACCGUUUCUGCUAAGUUCGUUACCGCAAGGUGGACAGUUCAGUCUGGUGUCCGCUCCGGUCCUAUUCCAUCUCGAGUACGAUCCGUGUAUUUACGAGCAAAUCGAGAAAGGACGUAGCUGUAUCGAGGAAAUUGACUAUCGCGAGCUGCAUCGUGCCAUAGGAACAGGGCCCGGUUUGGAAAAAACUAGAAAUCUCAUGAGGAAGCACAGUCACGCUGCAAUGCAGGUGCUGGACCGGCUGCAGCCAUCGGACGCGCGAACCGCCCUUCAGAAUAUUAUUCUAGCCAUGCAGGAAUUAUAACGGUCGCU